GCACUUUUUAUGUCAAGAAACACGACGACGGUGGGUCGCCAAUAAACAUGGCGGUGCUCCAACACUUGACGCAAUGUGAAGAUGUGGUCGAUGCAGCCCCGACCUCGACGAAAUCCGGCUUGCUCUUCCCGAAUCUGGCUUUCACGAGUGCCAGUCAAUCUGUGGAGAAUGACAGAGGCAAGCAAUUUAGAGGCAAUCGAAAUCAGACUGAUCCCUCUAUGAUUGCCGCAUUCCAAUCGAGAGCCUCCCUUGAAAAUUGGGACAAUGAUGGAGCGGUUCCAGUCUGUCGGGACUGUCUCCUGCUCCCAAAGUCUUAAUAGCAACUCGUGUAGAUCAUCUACUAGAGCAGGUCCCCCGAAUUUGAAGAGGGCUGGGGGAAUUCUAUC